AUGAGCCAACAAGGCGGCCCCUCUGGGUCCCAACGGCCCUUCAUGAAAUGUUUCAAUGGCCGCCUCAUCUACUCGGUUACUCUCAUCGCCCUCUCCCAGCUCAACUUCGGCAUGGACCAGGGCGCCUUCUCCGGGACUCAAGCCAUGACGGCCUUUGAGCGGAAAUUCGGCGUCUGGGAUAGCGCGAAGGGAAAGUAUAUCAUCGAGCCGUAUUUCCUGUCGCUCCUUAACAGUCUCAACUACAUUGGAUUCGCCGUCGGUCUCGUCUCCGGUAACCUCAUCAGUCGAAAAUGGGGCCGUCGGAGGUGCAUGCUAAUCAUGUGCGGCUGGGCCCUCAUUGCUGCUAUCAUUCUCGUCACCUCGCAACACAAGGCCCAGAUGUUGGUUGGUCGGAUCAUUGCCUACAUUUAUAUCGGCAUGGAGCUGGCGCUUGUACCUGUGCUGCAAUCAGAACUGGUGCCUGCGCGAGUUCGAGGUUUUGUCGUCGGAACCUAUCAAUCCGGGCUCCUUUUUGGUCAACUAAUUAUGGCACUUAUCUGCCAAGGAACCUCCAACAUCAAAAGCGACGCGGCCUUCCGCAUCCCCCUCGGACUCUUUUUCAUCAUACCUUCAAUCCUCGGCUGUGGAGUCUGGUUCCUCCCAGAGUCGCCCCGAUGGCUCCUCAUGAACGAACGACCUGAUGAUGCGAUGAAGUCUCUCACCCUUCUUAGGCAGGGAGCAUUUUCGCAGGAGGAGAUUGAAGAUGAGCUUAAGGAGAUUAAAAGCACGAUCGACGUCACUGUCGACAGGGGCCGCUUCAUGGAGCAGUUCCAGGGCACCAACCUUCGACGUACUUUAAUCGUCAUUGGUGUCAAUGUAUUCCUUCAGCUUACCGGCCAGAACUUCAGUUCCGUUUACGGCACCGUCUUCAUCAAGAGCUUGAACACAAUCAACCCAUUCGCGAUGACGUCUAUUAACACUGCAAUCAAUAUCGUCAUGGUCUUUAUCACCCAAGGUCUUACUGAUCGGACUGGUCGAGUGCCUCUCAUGGUUAGCGGUGCCGUCAUUCAGUGCGGCGCCCUGUUCACAAUGGGAGGUCUCGGCACCGUCUCGGAUCCCAACAUGCACAUCAAGAAGGCUAUCACCUCCAUGGUCACCGUGUUCGGCGUGGGCUUCCAGCUCGGCUGGGCUCCUCUCUCACAUGUUGUCGCCGCCGAGAUCCCCACGACCCGCCUUCGAGAUCUCACCUAUGCCCUCGGAUCCGUCUUCAACAUCGUCAUCCAGUUUGCUAUCUCGUUCAGCAUCCCGUAUCUCCUUAACGCCCCUUAUGCCAACCUGGGGUCUAAGGUCGGUUUCAUCUUCGGCUCCACUGCCUUCCUCGCUGUGAUUUUCUCUUGGUUCUGUAUCCCCGAGUGCAGUGGCAAGACUUUGGAGGAGAUUGACGAGUUGUUCCUCGAGGGCGUGGCUAUCAAGGAUUUCAAGAAGACGAGGAGCAACAGGCACAUUGAGAGAUAUGAAGCUGAGGAGAAAGGGCUACAUGUUACUCAUGAAGAGCAGGCAUGA